AUGAAGUUUAACGGGUUCUUGAAGUUGCGCGUUGGAGAAGCCGUGGACCUAAAGCCAACCACGUACUCCAUGCGUCACUCUGUCAUUUUCCACAAAGGACCCCCGACCCUGGACCCGUACAUCGUGGUCAAAGUGGACGACUCCAAGAUCGGACAGACGCGCACGAAACAGAAGACUAACAAACCCACGUACAAUGAAGAGUUCGCGCAGAAAGUCAGCAACGCAGCGCACAUCGAGCUGGCCGUGUUCCAGGAGACCCCCAUUGGAUACGACCACUUUGUAGCCAACUGCACCAUCCAGUUUGGAGACUUGAUCCAUCAGUCCAACACAGGAGAGAGCUUCGAGGGAUGGGUGGACUUGGAGCCAGAGGGAAAAGUGUACAUUGUGAUUACGCUAAAUGGAUUCUUCACUGACGAAGAGGCUUUAGUGCCGCGGGCGCAGAAGGCCCACAAAGAGCUGACUCGGACUCGACAGGGAGCCGUGCGGCGGCGUAUCCACCAGGUCAACGGUCACAAGUUCAUGUCCACGUUCCUACGGCAACCGACCUUCUGCUUCCACUGCCGCGAAUUCAUCUGGGGAGUGUUUGGAAAGCAGGGUUAUCAGUGCCAAGUUUGCACGUGUGUGGUUCACAAACGCUGCCAUCAGCUGGUGGUCACAGCCUGUCCUCGCAUGACCAAGACCAAGACUCACCAUGAACAGGGUUUCAGUAUCAACGUCCCUCACAAGUUCAACGUCCACAACUACAAGUCGCCCACGUUCUGUGACCACUGCGGCUCGCUGCUGUGGGGCGUCGUCCGCCAGGGGCUGCACUGCAAAAGCUGUAAAAUGAACGUUCACAUUCGCUGUGAAGGAAACGUGGCCCCAAGCUGCGGCGUCAACAGUGUCGAGCUGGCCAAUAAGCUGUCGGAGAUGGGUCUGCAUCCAGGAGGCCGCUCCAAACGUACCUCCACGAUCAGGAGCAGCAAGGUGAUAGAGCCAGAGCCCACAGAGAGCGCAGAAGUCCAGGACCACAGAGUGACGCUGCGGCUGGACAACUUCACCUUCCUCCAGGUCCUGGGCAAAGGCAGCUUUGGGAAGGUGAUGCUGGCGCGGCUCGAUGACACGGAGCAUGUGUUUGCUGUGAAGGUGCUGAAGAAGGACAUCAUUCUGCAGGACGAUGACGUGGAGUGCACCAUGACGGAGAAAAGGGUGCUGUCCCUGGCUCGCUGCCACCCCUACCUCACCCAGCUCCUCUGCUGCUUCCAGACACGCGACCGGCUCUUCUUCGUGAUGGAGUUUGUGAACGGAGGCGACCUCAUGUUCCACAUCCAGAAGUCCAGAAAGUUCGAGGAGCCCAGAGCGCGCUUCUACACGGCCGAGAUCACAUCCGCUCUCAUGUUCCUCCACAACAAGGGCAUCAUCUACAGAGAUCUGAAACUGGACAACGUUCUGCUGGACAAAGACGGUCACUGUAAGCUGGCAGACUUUGGCAUGUGUAAAGAGGGCAUCUUUGAAGGAGCCACUACUGCCACCUUCUGCGGGACCCCGGACUAUAUCGCUCCAGAGAUCCUGCAGGAGAUGCCGUACGGCCCGUCGGUGGACUGGUGGGCUCUGGGGGUCCUUCUGUACGAGAUGCUGUCAGGCCACGCCCCCUUUGAGGCGGAGAACGAGGACGACCUGUUCGAGUCCAUCCUGAACGAGGAGAUCGUGUACGCGUCGUGGCUCAGCGCCGAAGCCGUGGCCAUCCUCAAAGCGUUACUGACCAAAAGCCCCGCUCGGCGUUUAGGCUGCGUGGCUUCUGAAGGAGGCGAGAGCGCGGUCACCAGCCACCCGUUCUUCAGCACCAUCGACUGGGACAAACUCAACCGCAGAGAGAUGGAGCCUCCGUUUAAACCACGGAUAAAAACCCCUGAAGAUGUGAACAAUUUUGACCCGGACUUCACUCAGGAGGAGCCCAGCCUGACGCCCAUGGAGGACGCCCUGAUCCCCUCAGUGAACCAGGAGGAGUUCAGGGACUUCUCUUUCACUUGUGCCGAGCUGCUGCUGCCAUAG